CUUAUGUCGUCAGUCACUUUGGAAAAAGACCAGCUGCAGACCAGAUACGACAAACUGUACAACAACUACAGCGAGGUCAAGGGACAAAUUUCAGAUAUGGCAGUGAACAUCAGUCAGUUACAGAGCAGUUACAAGACACUGAGGAAAAAUCACAGCCAGAUACAGGAUGAAGUAAAGCAGCUGAAGGACAAAAUUAAAGAGAAGUGUUGUCCUGAAGGAUGGAAGAGAUUUGGAUUCAGCUGUUACUUUAAAUCCAAUGAGAAGAAAACUUGUUCUGAAAGCAGAAGUGACUGUCAAAGGAAAGGAGCAGAUCUGGUGAUCAUAAACAACAAAGAGGAACAG